AAGUGGGAUUUUUUACAAGUUUUUCGAUCGAUACAAGUCAAUUCGAUCAGGAUAAAGGGAAUAAGAGCAAAUUAAAAGCCCAGAAGGCUUCAUUCAAUACCGGGCGUACCGUGUAAAUCCUCACUGAAGAAGAAAAGUUGUCAGGGGCGCGAAUAUCCUCGGAACUCGGACUCCGGGAUGGCCACCCUCGGAAAACCGGCAGCGAAUCGAAAUGCGAUGAAACAAACGAGCAACAAGAAUAUCGGCGGCCGAGUGGACGUUCUGCGAUGGAGCGAAGAAAUGGAUUUGCUGGCCAUCGGCACGGAAAAGGGUGAAGUUAUCCUGCAGCGCUUAAAAUGGCAAAAAGUGUGGCAACUACUGCCGCCGGAGGAGGGACUGAAGGUACGUGGAAUUGCUUGGCGACCCGGUGAAAACCUGAUUGCGAUAGGCUACAGCAACGGAACGAUCCUCCAGCUAGACAUCGAAACGAAGGAUGUGGUGCACAGUUUCUCCGUACAGUCCGAUAUCUCCUGCAUGAACUGGACGGACAAUGGGGAGAGUGAUGAAACUGCUAAUCAUACCUGGAACUCGAUCCAUCAAAACCAUGCUACCUUCCUGCCCACCCUGCCCGUUCUAAGUACCCUCUGCUCGUCGACUAAACCGGCUAGCUACAAUCCGAUGGAUUUCUGCCGAAAACACAUCCUUAACGUACUGCUCGUGGGUACCGUGACCGGGCAGCUGCACCUAUCAGCGCUUGGUAUGCUGCCAGCUGGUCGCGUUGACGUGUUGGCGAUGGCUGGCCUGCCGCCUUCCACGAACGCCCGUAUCCACGAGGCACAGAUGAGUUUCAACUUCAAACAGCUAGUGGUCGCACUCGAGCAGGACACGGGCCUAACUGUGAUUGUACUCGAGAACAAUUUGCUACACAAAUACGCCGGUUCACUGCUGAAUUUGUCCAUCAACUACGCCCAAAUUCUCAGCACAAUGACGUACAUCAACGAUACCAUCGAUUGCAUUGUGGAAACCUGGGAAACGGUGUUGCUCGAGAUGGAUAAAAAGUUGACGCAGUAUGCCGAUGACCAUCCAGGCGAUUCGAUUUCGGCCGACUUCCUCGAGCUGCUCAUGUUUGGUACAACGUCGCCCGGACUCGAGGAGUUCUUGUUACGGGAUCUCUCCGAGAAGGGUUUACGCCGGCUCGGUAACAGCAUGGACCUGUGUUACGCCACGAUACAGCGACUGGUCGUGGUACCACUGUACAAUGCCAUCUAUGCGCUCUUCUAUCAUCUAAAUGUGCUCGAAGGUAUGCUGCAGAAUCGGGUCUACUACGGUGCGCUUAUGAUUCGCACCGCUUCCCAGGCACUACGGGACUGCGGAGCAUUCCAGAUUAAAUGCUUCGAGCUGCAGCAAACGAUCGACUACUCGAAACGAGAUUUCAAGAUCUUCUUCCGCUGGCUAUGCUCCGUGAUCGUGCGGCUAAUGGAUGAACCGCUACAGGAACACUAUCCCACGAUCACACAACAAGAGCUCACCUAUUUGGCCAAUUUUCUCGCCCAAUUCGACGAUAGCUACAACUCGGCCGACACCACGGUCACCGAAGACAGCCAACGGAAACUGAUCGGGCUCAGGCGUAAGUUUAACCUCGAACGGGUCGGACAGUAUCUGGAAGAUAAGCCCCUUCUUCACAAGGCGGACGGUAGCGAAUUGAGCCAGUGGAAACAGAUGCUGAAGGAAAACGAAUGCUUCCAGAACUCGCCGAACGUGUUUCCCCAUCGUGAAGAUCACUCACUGCUGCAGGAACAGAAGCGUGUAAAGGAAAGCAUUCGGCUACUGUUCGAGCAGCCCAGUGCGGCACUUGGUGGUGCCUUUCGUCCCAAAAAUCUACUCACCCUCCAACAGCAGACCGCUCCGACCGCCAACGAAGCUAUCCGUUCUUUUGCCUCCUGCAACCACCCGGUGGACAAUGUGACUCUGGUUUCGAUCAUUCAGUCGAGCAACAGUUUGCUGCUGGUCGAGUGUUACGCUGAAGGGGGCAUGAAGAUGGUACGAUUGCGCUUCGAAGAUAAACCGUACUUUGAUCAACCGAUCGGGACCCUUAGCUUCCGGCAUGCACAGUUCUACAACGCCGAUACGCUCUCCCUGUUGCUCCAUACUCAACCGGAAGGACAGGCGGUUGCCGGUGGUUCGUACUACUUGCAGCUUGCGCUCGGACCCAUCCGUGAGAUUUUGCGUUCGACCGAGCUACGCGAAGGUGCACGUACACUCACGGAAGAGACAGAUGGAUGCCGCGUCCUGAACGCGUACACAUUCAUUGACGAGUGUGCGUUGAAGCUGCUGGACGGUAACGAUGGCCAUCGGAUUGCCGUGUCGGGCAAACGGAACGUUACCGCGAUUCUAUCCGAAUCGCGGCGCAAUAUACGCUUGUACGAUAUGGACGCGCAGGACGAGGAGGAAGAAGAAGAGGAUGACGAUCGAUUGGAAAACUCCUCCCAGCUCAACAGCAGUCUCGACAAUAGCCAAGAGUCGAUCCAUCAACCGCAGUAGCGAUCAAGCGUAAAACGGUUGUUAG